AUGGCGGAACCGCUGGAAUCUCAGACCAAUGUCCUGAUUCAGAAGGCGGGGUUUUUCAAUAAACUUCGUGUCAUGAUUGGGCAUGCCCGGGCGUUGCGGGAAGAAGAAAGCCACUUGUAUAUGCUUUAUGGGCAUAUAUUGACAACUUUUUGCGAAACCGCUGGCGAUCCUUUGGAUGUCGACCGUGCGCUAGGCUGCGAGCCCCAGUCAGCCUUCGCAGCACCGACUGGUACACGUUUUGACCGUCGCAUUCCGGAUUUCACUGUCAUGGUUACUUUCUUCCAUGAUAUCGAUGUCGUGGAUCGCUUCAGUCCGUCAUACAGAUCCCCUACACUUGGGUUCUGGCUUGAGGUCAAACCCCUCAACUGCAAGGAUAAUUGGAUGUCUGAUGAAGGACAUCGCACAGCACGACGGGAUGUGUGGUCGCAUUUGGCACAAUUGAACGAGCAGGCAAUGUUUGCAUUCAAUCACUUUACUGGUGACACAUUCUACGGGAUGCUUAUCUUAGGCAUAUACUUUUCGGUCUUCGAGUACUUGAGGCCCACUCCUCCUCCGACUCAUCCACCUUCUCCAUCGGAAUUGCAUCCACCUACCGAUGGCAAUCAACCACAGAAAAGGCAGAAGCGGAAAAGGGACCAUGACGUGUCUACAUAUAGGGCAUAUGUUGACCAGGAGGUAGAGCCAGAGUACUUUAGUCUCACCAGGGUUCACCCGAGGACCCUCUACUACUGCGAGCCUAUUCUUAUGAAUGAUGGGGAGGACUUCAACCCCCUUUUUCGCAAGGCUUUAUGGGACAUUAUGGCCUGGAGAGAAAUGGAUUUUCCUUUUCAGCCGUCGUUCUUUACACUCCCUCGGAUGACUAUUAUGUCUCAGAAGCAUCUCUGGAAAUGGCUCGUGAAGACCGAGAUGAAUUUCUAA